AAUCGUAUUUCGUAAUAAUGUAGUCGUAAUAUCUUACUAUCCUACUAGCAUAUGUUUGGAGAAAUCUGAACCUCUCAAAAGAUCAAAAACCAUGGCAGUGACUCUAUCUCCUACCCAAGUCUCAGCAAAACACUCCUACACCACCACCAUUACCACCCAAAAUAAUCGAACUUUCCAUCAAAUUAUCAACAAUUCUAUAAAUCCCAGAAAACUCAGAAUACACCCAACUUCAAAUGGAAGAACCAAUUUCUCAGUAAUUAGAGCAUAUAUUGAAAACACCAACCCAAUUUCUAGUUUUGCAAACAAAGUUAUUGGUUCAUUACCCAUUGUUGGUCUCAUUGCUAGAAUUGUUAAUGAUGAAGGUGGUCUUGCUGGAGAUAUCAUUGAUUUUGCUGAAUUUCGAAGAAGGGUUGGUAAUAAGUGUUCUGUUAAUGAUUCUAGAGCUUUCUAUGAGUUCCAAGACCGCCGCGGCCGGAUAGGGGAACCAUUAUACGUUCUACUGUGCUGUUGGUUAGCAGCAAUUGGUGCAGGUCUACUUAAAUCUGAAGAAAUUCUGGAGGGAGUUGCACGCCUUCGUCUUUCAAAUGAUAUUGAGUUUGAAGAACAGACUUUCAUUGCUAAGAUGACUGAAGCAAAAGAGAGAAGAGCUAAACUGAAUGCUGCAGCUCCUACAAUCCCAAUGGAAUUAAGAGCUGAGAAAGCGCUUGAUGCUAUAUAUGUUUGUUGCUUUGGGAAGGACUUGAUUGAAGAAGAAGAUGAAAGGUUACUGAUUACUAUUCUUAGAGCUGUCUUUCCCAGUGUUCAACAGCCAGAGAUUGAAAGAAUAGUCAAAGAUAAAGCCAGAAAAGUAGCCGAAGGCGGUGAAGAGGGAGAAUUUCCUGAAGAGCCUAAACCAUUGUCCAAAGAAGCAAUACAAUUACAGAUGAAGGAUCUCCAAUUCCUGAAGCAGAACAGCAAUGAGGGUACUUGAACAAAACCGUGAGAGUUAUCUUUCCUCCUACUCUCUUUGAUGCCAGUGAUAGUCUGAAAUAGAGCUGAUUUGUAAAAUAUUUGGGGGAGAAUUAUGUAAUGAGCUGACAGAUUAAACGAAAAGGGUUGAAAAUGAGAUAUGAAUGGCUAUAUAAAUCAAUUGUAAACAUAUUUAGGCCGUUAUUCUUUGAAUCCUUUUCUGGGCAGAUGUUUCCAUUGCUUAAUCAGAUAUUCAGAAUCCUAUAGCCUGUUUGAUUCUUA